CUGUCUACACACUUAAAUCCCACCUGCGAUUUAACCGCUAUUUCACAACGACAACCCAAUUCGACGAAGCUAACUGAAAGGUUUCACGGGGACCUUUCAAAGCGCAUGUUCUCCUACGCAGGGAUCUCGGCAAACAUCAGUGCGGACAGACUGAAGGCAGAGGGCAUGGGCUCCAACGACCACGCGCUGCCCUUCCUCAACCAGGACUUCGAGGCCCUGAGGCAGGAGUGUCUGGAGACGGGGUGCCUCUUCGAGGACCCAUGCUUCCCCGCCGAGCCCCCCUCGCUCGGCUUCAAGGAGCUGGCGCCGUACUCCUCCAAGACACGUGACGUGGAGUGGUUAAGGCCAACGGACCUGACAGAUGACCCUCAGUUCAUUCUGGGCGGAGCUACCAGGACGGACAUCUGCCAAGGAGCGCUCGGUGACUGUUGGCUCUUGGCAGCCAUUGCUUCCCUUACUCUCAAUGAGAGACUUCUUCACAGAGUGGUGCCACAUGGCCAGAGCUUCCAGGAGGACUAUGCUGGAAUUUUCCACUUUCAGUUCUGGCAGUUUGGCGAAUGGACGGACGUGGUGAUCGAUGACCAGCUCCCGGCGAAGGACGGCGAGCUCAUGUUCGUCCACUCAGCUGACGGCAAUGAGUUCUGGAGCGCUCUGCUGGAGAAGGCUUACGCCAAGCUGAACGGUUCUUACGAGGCCUUGUCUGGCGGCAGCACCACUGAAGGGUUCGAGGACUUUACCGGGGGCGUGUCCGAGAUGUACGAGCUCAAACGAGCCCCACGGGACCUCUAUCGCAUCAUCAGCAAAGCUCUCGAACGAGGCUCCUUGCUGGGAUGCUCCAUUGAUAUCACAAGUGCCUUCGAUAUGGAAUCCGUGACUUUUAAGAAGUUGGUGAAAGGUCAUGCAUAUUCGCUGACUGGCCUUAAACAGGUGGAUUUCAGAGGUGAUAUGGAGAAGUUGAUCCGGGUCAGGAACCCCUGGGGUCAGGUGGAGUGGACGGGAGCGUGGAGCGACAACUCACCUGAAUGGGAUGAAAUUGAUCCAUCUGAAAGAGAGGACCUCAAUUCACAAAUGGAGGAUGGGGAGUUUUGGAUGUCCUUUAACGAGUUCCUGCGGCAGUUCUCGCGGCUGGAGAUCUGCAACCUGACGCCGGACGCCCUGAGUGGAGACGACAUGAGCCACUGGAACACCAUCAAGUUCCACGGCACGUGGAGGAGGGGGAGCACCGCCGGAGGGUGCCGGAACAACCCCAACACGUUCUGGAUAAACCCCCAGUACAAGAUCACUCUGCUGGAGGAGGAUGAUGACCCGGAGGAUGACGAGGUGGCCUGCAGCUUCCUGGUGGCUCUCAUGCAGAAGGAUCGCCGGCGAUAUCGUAAGCAAGGCCAGGACAUGCACACCAUCGGCUUCGCCAUCUAUGAGGUUCCAGAGGAGUUUGCCGGCUGCCAGAACGUGCACCUGAAGAAGGACUUCUUCCUGACGCACUCGUCGUCGGCGCGCUCGGAGACCUUCAUCAACCUUCGGGAGGUGAGCACGCGCCUGCGGCUGCCGCCUGGCGAGUACCUCAUCGUGCCCUCCACCUUCGAGCCCAGCAAGGAGGCCGACUUUGUGCUGCGGGUGUUCACCGAGAAGCAGUCGGAAACACAGGAGCUGGAUGACUUGAUUUCUGCCGAUCUGGAGGAUGAGGAAAUCACAGAAGAUGACAUUGAUGAUGGCUUCAAGUCAAUGUUUGCUCAACUAGCAGGGGAGGAUAUGGAAAUAUCUGUUCGUGAGCUACGGACCAUUCUUAACAGAGUGGUGUCAAAACAUGGGGACCUUAAGACUGAUGGCUUCAGUGUGGACUCCUGCAGGACCAUGGUCAACCUAAUGGAUAAAGAUGGCAGUGCCCGCUUAGGACUGGUGGAGUUUCAGAUUCUGUGGAAUAAAAUCAGAAAGUGGCUGGGGAUCUUCAGGCAGUUUGACCUUGACAAAUCAGGGACCAUGAGCUCUUAUGAGAUGCGCCUUGCUGUUGAAUCAGCAGGCUUCAUGCUGAACAAUAAACUGAACCAGAUCCUGGUGGCCCGAUAUGCAGAGAACGAGGUCAUCGACUUUGAUAACUUCAUUUGCUGUCUGGUCAAGCUGGAGGCCAUGUUCCGUUCCUUCCGAGAUUUGGACAGAGAUGGAACCGGGGAAGCGGAGAUGAACUUAACUGAGUGGCUGUUCAUGACCAUGUGUGGUUGAGCUGGACCAGCUCUUUGUGAGAAGAGGAACAAGCUAAACACAAAAUCCAGAGCUGCCUGCAAAGCCUAACAAGUCCCACGUAGUCUAACCUUACGUCCCCUCAGCACACCGCUGCCCAACCUCCCCUUGACCACCAGUUACCAUUCGUGCUGCAAACUCUGGUAGUUAACCAGGUAGAAGAGUUGGUUGCCAUCGUUCUGUUGGCUGUGUAUGUAAAUGGUAUAGGUGUGUGCUCACGCUCUCAGCCUGAAAAGCAAAUGAAUAUGAGAAAACAGAAACUUAAGAUUUACAAAAGAAAGGGAAGGUUCAGCACGUUUGAUAUUGCAGUGUCUUAAAGUUUGUUUGCAUGGUCAAGGUGAACACAGCAUACUGUGUUGUUUUAUUCUAUGCACUGUAAAUGCUGUUCUGCUGCAUUGUUGAUAAGUAGGACAUCUCUCUAGGAGGUACAGUAUGCAUAUUAAGUGUUUUAUUAAGCCAGGUUAAGAGCCUUAGUUUUUUUGUAUUAUCUGACACUAUUUUUUACCGGACACUGUGCAUUAACAAGACGUGCAUUUAGACACAACAAGAACAAUCAAAAGUUAUUAUUCACUUUGAGUAAUCCAACAGAGAUCAUUACCGCUGCUAAUUAUUUCAAGAUCUUGUCAGGAAUACAAAAGCAACCUUUUCAUUGCUUGUUGACCACUAGAUGGCAGCAGCUGCUCCUGCAGAGCCGUAUAGAUCUGUAUGUGGCUCUGAUCCUGCAGGUACAGUAGGCCUAUAAGCACUACUGAUCUUUCAUGGCUACUGAUUCUCUGUCUCCCCAGGGAGAGAACAAUUAUACAUGAUAGCUGCAUUCUUGCCAUGAAAGUUAUUACUGACUUUCCAUUAAAAUAAUACUAAUAUCAUAAGGUACAAGCUGAAUUGACAUCGGUUAUUACUGACUUUCCAUUAAAAUAAGACUAAUAUCAUGAGGUACAAGCUGAAUUGACAUCGGUUAUUACUGACUUUCCAUUAAAAUAAGACUAAUAUCAUGAGGUACAAGAUGAACUGACAUAAUCAUAAUUUGUUGUUUUAAAAUAAGCCUCAGCCACCACUGCAACUUACCUGAAUGUAACCAUUAAGACACAAUGGCAUUAAAGGAUCCAACUGACAACUCUUCAUGUAUUUUUGAAACAAACUCUGUGGCCACUGUUUUUCGUUUGUUUGUUUUGGUGUUGCACUUUUUUUUGUUGAGAAAUAAGAAAAUCACAAGAUACCUUCUCCAUUUGAAAAAAAGAUUUGAAGUCUUAACUGUCAACUGCUGUGGUGGGGCACAGUGUACUUCACACCAAA